GCAGAGCUUCCAGAGCUACUCUUGCUGCAGCAGCACUAGUGAAAUUGGAAGAGGGAAUAAGGAGGACAUUGAUUCAGCAUUUGCAUAGUAUAUUUAUCAGCUGUAGACAUUCUGAUCAUUUGCACUGCUUGCUAUUCAGAUUCCAGUGACUGUGUUUGGGAGCAGCCUCGAGAAAAGGAGAUGAUUGAGCUGGAUCUCACUGAAGGGUGCCUCAUCGAUGAGCUGAUGGAGCUGACGUCUCAGAGCAUCGGUCAGCUGGAGAUCCAGGAACAUUUCAACAUCAUCAAGGAGAUCGGACGGGGAAAAUAUGGCAAAGUGUUGCUGGUCACUCAUCGUUUUAGGGGGACUCCAAUGGCCCUGAAAGUGAUGCCUAAAGCCUCCACUAAACUGCAGGGCUUUCUACGAGAGUACUGCAUCUCCUUACACCUGUCCUGCCACCCCUGCAUUGUGGGCCUGUUUGGCAUCGCCUUCCAGUCUAAAGAGCACUAUUGCUUCGCCCAGGAGCUGGUCAUUGGGAGGGAUCUUUUUGCCGUCAUCAAGCCAAAAGUGGGAAUCCCGGAGUCGUCAGUGAAACGCUGCGUCCUCCAGAUCUCCAGUGCGCUGGAGUUCAUCCACAGCCACGGUCUGGUCCACCGGGAUGUCAAGCCUGAAAACAUCCUGCUGCUGGACACUCACUGCCGUCAGGUCAAGCUGGCAGACUUUGGCCUUGCCCAGAAGAGAGGAACCCUCAUCCGCUUCAUCACAGGGACUUUGCCGUACAUGGCCCCAGAACUUUGCAGCGUGGCUCUGCUGGACAACCAGACAGAGGUGACAGUGCCUCCUCUGAGCGUGGAGCCCAGCUUAGACACCUGGGCCUUUGCAGUGGUCAUCUUCUGCAUCCUCACCGGUUACUUCCCAUGGGAGCGUUGCAUGGACUCGGACAGCUUCUAUCAGGAGUUUGCUGACUGGUGCGAGACGAAGAAGAAAGUUUACGUGGAGGAUGACGUCCCUCCUCUGUGGAGGAGGUUCACCCCAGAGGCCAUGGAGAUGUUCCGUCUGCUUCUGGCUCCAGACGCAUCGCAGAGGAGUUCAGCAGGAGCAGUGAGAGCGUACGUGGAAAAUGACUGGCUGAGAAAAGACCACGGCAACCAGCUGCUCUAGAUAAAUGUACAGAGUGGGCCCUUAUUCGGAGGCACGUUCUGUAGGAAAAUAUGUUGAUCAAUAUUAAACCAGAACAAUGGAGGUAACAGUUUGUGUUUAUUCGCGUCGUAAUUAAAAGAAAAAAAAAAUAUUUGGUUUGAUUAAAAAUUCCAAAUGAUGUCUACCAAAAGUAAACAUCAUUUAAAUAUAAAUCAUUAGAUUUUUAAAAUUUCCAUUAUUAUUUUAGAUAAUGGAAGUUGAUGUAAUGACAGGGAUUUUCUGCCUGCAGCUGUCACUAUCUACAAUAACUCCGGACAGCUAAUUAAGUAUAUGUAUCAUAGAACAACGUUUAUGAUUCAAAAUGAUGAAUCAGAAACCCUUGAAAAAAAAAAUGUAUAUAUAUAUUUUUUUACAUAAGAACAACGUACAAAACAAAAAAAGAAAAUAUAUUUCAAAUUCUCUGAAAUACGAAUGAUUUGGUCCAAAACAUUAGGUAGUCAUGGAAAAAUCAUCUCCUUAAUAGCUCAUGUAUAGCUACUGUAUUCUUACAACAUAACAUGGUUUGAAAUUAAUAUUUCAAGUCUAAUAGGUGCAGUUUUGUUAAAUGUUAUGUGAAACAUGUAAUUUUAGUUUAAGCAAUUUUUUCCUCUGGACAACAUGGAUGCUGACGUUGCCAGCAGUAAACUAAAAUGACCACAGGACAUUCUCCAAUCUUCUGACAUUUAUGGACAAUCUGAUGGACAGUAACCUUUAGUCCUGGAGCUCUUUUGUAUUGUUUCAUUUUUUAAAGACCCUGAAAGAUAAUUUUUAUCUUCUGCCUGACAAAACGUGGCUCUGAACUUUGGGGGCCUUUGAAAAUCUAUGAACCUAGUCGAGUCGUGGAGGGCAGGUGUGUGGCUGUUGUAAAUCCUUUCGGAGAAACCUUUUAUAAUUAAGGACACACACACAUACACACACACACACACACGCACACACACACACACACACACACACAAGCACAAACGUGUUUAGUUUAAAGUGUUUUCAAAUACAUUAUGUUGGGCUGUGGUUACAUUCUGUAUUAACUAGUACUGUGUAUUAUAUUACUAAUAGUAACUGUUCAACAAAAAAGUACAAACAUCAAUUUAUGAUAGAGUGUGUGGGUGUAGCUCUGUGUUUGCAUGUGUGCUGGGUUAGGGUAAGGAGAACGUAUGGAAAACACUGAAAAUGAUUUCUAGGUUCUCUGUUUUGAAUGAAUUAGCAAAUAAUCUCAAACUGUUUUCCAGAUUGUCAUAAUAGGUAUGUGUGUGUAGAAUUUUGAAGAAAUUAAUUAAUGUAAUGCAAUUGGAAAUUAGUACAUAACAUAAAAAAAUCAAGUACUGUGAAUACUUUCCAGAUGUUCUGUACAGAAAUGUGAAAAGCAUAUUUAAUGUCUGAUUACAGAUUAAUUUCAAAAGAUACUUUAGAUCUAACAAACAUCACAUCACAACACCUAUUUUAACUUGUUGAGUGUGACUUCUAACCUGUCAAAGUCAAUAUUUUAAUCAAACAUGAUGUCAAAGAUAACAAAACAAAAUACAAAAUGCUGUUUUCAAAUGAUGAUUGCCUACAGAAUUCAAACUAACAAGAAUCUCUUUAUCGAGAUUACUGGCAAAUACGAUACCGAUAAACCAUCUCUACUGCCACUCAGGCUCAAUAAAGGCAAAAAAAUGUUUGGCAAGAAAGAAUUGUUACUUUCUGUGGUUCAUGUAUGUUUUGUGGUUUGGUUUUAGCUUGUUGGGGCGUUUAAGAACAUUUGAAGCAAUUGAAGAUGUGACCGCCAUUGCCAUGGCAACCGUACAUGUAUUUUUAAAGAAGUGAGCUUCACACUCCGAUGAGGCAAAGUGACCAUAUCCUGUGUGAAACUAAUUCUCAGAAUUUGUGUUCAAGUUCCACAUUUGAGACUCUACAGAUUGUGACACUGUGCUUUGAAUUACAGAAGUAACAAAUUAGAGGCUUUUCUCUGUUUUAUAGCUGUUCAGCUUAUCAAAGUUAAAAUGGUUAGAAAGGAGCCACAGUUUAUGCAUUUGGACUCGGGGUUGCACAUUUAUGGAUCUAUAAAUUUUAUUUUUAUGUGUUAGUCAAGUUUCUUGUAAUUAGUAAUGAGUUAUUAAUCACUGAUUAUUUCCCUGAGAACAUAGUCCAAUUACUUUACUAACGAUUUAUAUUAAAAAUGAAUUACUUAAUUACUAAGUUACUUUUAAAAAAAAAUAUGCACAACUUGAACAUGCUAUACACCGAGUUCCAAAUUAUUAUGCAAGUGAUAUUUUCUCAGAUUUUCUUAAAUGUUCAAUGCAAAUGAUGGUCAGUAUCAUUUCCAAGUCAUGAACUAUUACAGUAUAAAUCAAAUUU